AUGGCUACGAAGACCGUCUCUCAUGCCAUCCGCCUGCUUGCUUCUAGCUCGGCCUUCCCGAGUUACGUCUGGCACCCCGGGGCCCCGAGCUUCCGGGAGCUUUGCUCCUCGGAGUGGAUCUUUGGCGCCCGUAGCCCGACACAGUGCAACAAGGAAAUGAAUGCCGCUGCCAAGGGCCGGGACUGGAAGCUGGCCUUGUAUGUGUUUCAUGGUAUGCCGAAGAGAAACAUAGCGCGUGAUGUUGUGAGCUUUAAUGGCGCCAUCCAUGCAGCGAACCUGGGAGCAAACUGGUGGCUGGCCACUGAGCUGCUGCGAGCGAUGCCCGAAGAUGCUGUGGUGCCAGAUGGCAUCAGUUACAACACCACCCUGAGCUCUUUCCAACGAAGCCUGAAUUGGGAUGGGGCUUUGAAGUUCCUGGCCGGGAUGCAGAACCAAGCCAUAGUGCCGUCUUUGGUAGCUUUCAACACUACCAUCAGCGUCGCAGAGAAAAGUGGACAGUGGCAAGUGGCCCUCGUUGUCUUUUCCGACAUAGCGACUGCAAAUCUUCGUCCUGACGUGAUUAGCUACAACGCGACCCUAAGCGCUUGCGCUAGAAGCAGCCAGUGGAAGGUGUCCAUGCAGCUGCAGGACCUUAUGCGUGAAGAUGUGGUAAGACCUGACAUCAUCACCUGCAACGCUGCAAUGAGAGCUUACAGCCUGGGGCAGGAGUGGAGGGAGUCCCUGAGCCUCAUGGCCAAACUGCCCCAACUUCGGAUCGACCCGACCAGGAUCACCUACAACACAGCCAUCACUGCGUUUCAUGCAGGAUCCCAGUGGAGACUUGCAGUGGAGCUCUUCCAGAAGAUGAUCAGGGUGUCACUGGCUUUGGAAGACAGCUGUAAUGCUGCAAUCAGUGCCUGCAAGACAGGGAAAGCCUGGAUGGCUGCGUUGCAGCUUCUCUUCGAGAUGCCCUUGAGGGCUCUGAAACCAGACAGGAUAAGCUAUAACGCUGCCAUCAGUGCAUGUGAGCAAGCCAGCUGUUGGCCACUGGCACUCAGCACCUUUGAGGCCAUGGCUCCUGCGAGGUUGCAACCGGACAUCAUCAGCUACAAUGCUACCAUCAGUGCUUGUGCAGAUGGAGCUCAGUGGCAGCUUGCCUACAGCCUCUUAACUCUGCUUCCUGAAGAGGAUGUUGCUCCAGAUGCUGUGACGUUCAACAGCAUGAUCAGUGCUUGUGAAGCUUCGCAGUGGCAGCAGGCCUUGCAGCUUCUUCUCUUGGAGACAUGGAAUGUUCGAGUCUUCCCGGACGUUGUGGGUCAUAAUGCCACCAUCAGUGCCUGUGAGAAGGCUGGCCGGUGGCUUCUGGCUUUGGCCGUUUUUGACAUGGUCGGCCAGAAGCGGCUGACGCCCACAGAGUUCACAUUCAGCUCAGUUAUCAGUGCAUGCGAGAAAGCGGCUCAAUGGGAACGGGCAGUUUUCUAUUUGGGACGAAUGGCUGCGGAACUUCCCCCUAAUCUCAUCAGCUACAAUGCUGCAGCCAGCGCCUGUGAGAAAUCCAGCAGGUGGCAGGCGGCUCUGGAGGUUUUCCAGGCACUAACAGAAGCUGAACUGCAGCCAGAUCUCAUCACUUUUGCUGCGAUGACGAGCACUUUUGAGAAGAGUGCCCAGUGGCAAAGGGCGCUGUCUCUGCUCAAGCAGUGCAAGGACAAGAAGCUCCUCUGA